AUGGCUUCAUUAGUGUUGUUGCUGAAAGCUCUGGUGAGAUGCCACCAGGACGAUCUUUUUCCAGAGGAAGUGAAAGAAUCAAAUGGCAAAACCAGCCACAGCAUGAGGAAACACGGGACUGAAACUAGGUUUGCCGCUGGGGAGCAUAAUUGUGAGAAUGAAGAUGACAAGAGAGUCCACCGCUGGAAGAUCUCUGAAUCUUGCAUCUGGAGUUGA